UCAAAUCAAAUCCAUUUAAUAUUAUUAUCUGUGGUCUAUGUGAGUGAGUUGAAUUGAAAAAAAACUGGGAACACGGAGACGUCAACCAAAAACAUUUCUUUCCAAAAACAACCUGAUCUAAGGAAGUACCUAAUCUUCAGAGAUUGUAUUAAUCACGUUCAUAUAAUUUCUCAAACAUUACAGAACAGUGUAUUUUAAAAGGAAGACAAUGGCUGACUCCGUUAAUAUGUCUCUCGAUGAGAUCAUCAAACAAAAUCGGGUGAGUCGAUCUCGAGGGAGAGGUCGCGGUGGGGGUGUCCGUGUUAGUGGGCGAGGCACUGGGCGAGGUACAGGGCGCGGGCGAGGCCGUGGUGUUGGUCAGCGAGGACCCUCACAGUCCCGUGCCAGUACCCUGGGCGCCAGACAAAGCCGCUCGCGUUCUCGAGGCCCACAGGGGGGCCGGUCCCAAUCCAGAUCUCGUUCACAAUCCCGAGGCCGUUCCCAGUCACGCGCACGCUCCCGUUCACGCCAGCGCAUCCGAUCUAUUUCUCGUGGCAGGUCAAAUUCAAGAAAUCAAUUCACUAGAGGUCUUACUCCUAAAGGGCGUGCAGGACUUGAGGAUCAGCAGUCUGAAAUGCCACCUCUAAUUAGAACUGGAAGAUUUAACAGAGGUAGAGGUGGUCAACAAAAUAGAUUAAGACGGUCAAAUUCAAACCCUAAUUUGAAUGGCAAUGUGCACAGUCGCCUGGGCGUCACAACACGCAGAGGUGGCGGUAACAACAUUCGCAAGCCUUUAGCAGUUGCUAAAAGGGGAAUCUCAAAGAGAGGCAGAGGGUUAAGCACUGGCAACAGAUACAGUAAUGUGGGGCUGAGAUCUGAUCAAAUACUGAAAGAACAAAGGCAAAACAUGCUUAUGCAGAAUAACGUUAUUCGGUCACAGACUUUUACAAGAUCUCGCAACAACUCGUUCAGCUCUGCUUCACAAUUGACAGUCAGUGUGGCUAAUGACUUCGCGAAGCGUCGCCGUAACAGUGUCGGUAAUGCAGGGUACCUCAACAGACAAAGUUUGGCUCAGCUUAAUAACCAGUUUGGGGGAUACAAUACUCGAAGAGGGCCAGGCAGUGUAAAGUCUAUGGGAUCCAAUAGAUCAAACAGGUCUAACCGUUCAAAUAGGUCUAAUAUUAGUCGGAGGUCUAAUAGCUCACGAGGAAGAGGCAGAGGAGGGAAUCGUGGAAUUGGGCGAAAAUUUGUAAAUAAACAAAUUUUAAAUGCCAAGCUCCAAAAAGAAAUUGCAGCUAUUCAAGGGAAAUCAUAUGGCAGCAGCAAUGUCUCGGGUGAUGCGCCAGCAGGUGUCAACUUUACUCCAACUCCGGCAUCCACAGGCCAGUCACUUCAUCAAAGAUUUGCUAGUACGUAAGUGAAACAAUUUUUAGGUUAAGGUUGAUUAAAAUAUAUUUGUUUUAGUUUUAAGAAGUAAGGACAUUGUGGAAUAAAUAUCAGUAACAGUAUUGAAAACCAAGUAGAAAUGUAAUAUACAUUAGAGUGUACAAUAGGUAUGAUUUUUGCUUAUAAGUAUUUUGAUCAAAGAAAUCCCAAGUAAACUGUUUAUACUUGAGAAAUAUUGUGUAAAUAUGACUCAUGACUUCAUUUAAAUUUCAAUAUAGUGUAUGUAGUUUUAAGUCAAGUUAAAAAUAAAUUUUAAUUUACUAAAAAUAGUGACUGAUAUUUCAUGUCCUCCAACUAUUUUUGCCAUUGUGUAUACUUUAACACAUUUUCUAUUAUUAAAUACUUAAAAUACAUAAGUAUAGUUUGUUUCAAUUACUUAUUUUUGUUUUCUUUUGGCUUGAAGACUUAAAAUGCUUUAUACUUUAAAAAAUAAUUUUGUUACUAUGAAAAUAUUCUAAUAAAAUUAAAGUUCUCAA